CCCGGGCCAGUCGAUCGAGGAAGAGACGAUGGCGUCGGCAUCCGCGCUUCAUCGCGUCCCCGCCGCGACGUCCAGGGUCUCGGAGCGCACCGGUCGCGCGUCGAGGCGUCGCACCAGGGUCGGAUCGGCGUCGCCCGUGGCGCGGAUGGCGAUCGAGAGAGCCGCGCGCGCCUCCCGCGCCGCCGCGUCGCGCGCGGCCGUGAUCCCCGCCGCCUCCGGAUCCGACGACGAUCCGGUGGUGGGCAAAUCCGCGUUCGAUUUCGAGGCCGAGAUGGCCAAGGACAUCGAGCGUCUGGCGAAGGACUCGCCGCUGCUGAAGGAGGAGGCGGAGAAGGCGGCAUCGGGCGUGACAAAGACGGAGGCGGAGGAGAACAUGGAGAAGGUGAAGGAGGCCAUCGACACCUUCCUACUGUACGAUUUCUUCGUCAUCCUCACCAUCUUGGUGUACCUCAUCGUGGGCGUGGGCAUCCGGCUGAGCUACGGGCAGGGGCUCUCCUACGACGAGCCCGUGCUGGGACUGUGGCUGAUCCUCUGGCCCGUGCUGUUCCAGCCCCUGCUCGGGGUGCACAUGCUCGCGACGAUCGUGAGCCCGAUCAUCGGGAAGAUGAAGGACGCGGGGAUCGUGAGCAAGGAUACCUGGACUUGACGCGAUCCGCGCGUGCACGCCGACGAGGGCGCCGUCAUAGCACAGUAGCGGGGGUGUCCCGCCUUUCAUCGUCGCAACCAACUUUUAGCC